AUGACGAAAACGCAUACAGCUGACACGGAGGGUCAUGGAGAGGAAGAUGUACCUCUUCGGGAAAUUCUUGAUGGAGUGUCUCCUGUCAGUUCUGGGGAUAAAACAUCUAGUCCAUCCUUCUUUCAUGAAGUUCAAUGGAACAAGAGCACCAGAUUCAAACUCAUCCUCAGUGUAUGUCUGUCCAUGGUAUACUUCAUCUUGGGAUGGUCAAAAUCACAGAUAGGACCAGCGUUUUUAGAUCUAAUGAUAAUAUCUGGAGCCAAUUUAGAGAUGGGAUCUUGGUUCAUGACGUCAUAUUUCCUGGGUCGUUUGAUUGGGUCAACAGUUGGAGGCUAUCUAUACACAAGGCGGAACCAUUAUCUUCUGUUUGCAGCUUCCGUAACAGUAAAUGGGCUGAUUCUGGCCGCUAUUCCGUGGUGUACGUAUUAUAAGCUGAUGAUCGCAGCACAUGCUUUCAAUGGUGUUUUUGAAGGAAUAAUGAACCUCACACUGACGUCUAAAGCAGUAUCAGUGUGGGGACCCACAGCCAGAGGGCGUUCCUAUAUCCAGAUAAUGUACGCCAUUUUCGCCUUAUCUGGUAUCAUUGCUCCAGUUGUGACUGCACCGUUUCUUCUAUCAAAUUCACACAAAAAUCCUAAUAUAACUUCAUUGACAAAUCAAUCCAAUUCACAAAAUAAUCAUGACAUGACUGUAGGAACAAUUGAAGCAAUUUCACCGAAAAAGGAUAAUAUGACAUCAUGGACAAAUGACACUAUGAGUGACAUGGGCGAAUAUUUCCUGGGCUACAAUGAUACUAUGAGGAAAGCGAGAAUUCCAGAAUACCACACUUCUAGAUUGUAUGUAGCAUAUUCAAUUUCAGCAUUGAUAACUGUAUCAACCUCAGUUCCAUUCAUCAUUUUGUUUUUGAAAUCCAAGCACAGCGUCAUUCUGGAUGCAGAAAUCGUGAAACCAGUGUAUAUAGGGAAUCUCAAAUUACUUUUAAAACGACUACAGUUCCUCAAUAUAGGAAUAUUUUCAGCAAUGUUUAGUGUAAUUGGUCAGACUAUGGGCAACUUUAUAACUGUGUUCUGUGUUCAGCAUCUAAAAUGGACCAAAGUGUCUGGUGCUAUGAUGACUUCGUUCUAUGUGUUUGCCACCCUUGUUGGUAAUAUAGGGGGAAUAUUUCUAGUCCGAUUUCUUAAAUCACACACCAUUUUACUGUCGUCUACCGUAACUUACACUGUAGGGUUGAUUGGGCUGGGUAUAUGUGCCCACCUGUAUGCAGACGUCGGUAUCUGGCUAUCGGUCUGUAUUAUCGGUGUUCCGUUUGGGAUGAUCUGGCCAACUUUUAUAAGCUGGACUAACUCCUACCUUAUACCCGUGUCUGGAUAUGUAACAAGCUACCUGCUUGUGACUGCGCAUGUCGCUACAAUGCUACACCCACUGGUAAUCAGCUAUCUGAUGGAAGAGGUGUCGCUGUUAUGGUUUUCUUACCUUUGUGUUAUUGAGGGUUGCAUCAGUAUAAUGUCUGUAAUAAUGAUGGCGAUAUACACAAAUAUUUCAAAAGUACAUAAACAAAAAUGUCCUCAUUCUUAA